UUCAUGUAUAAUUUACCAAAUGUAUCAAGAACAACGAAUAUUUUAGGACAUCAUUUAAUUCCUGGUGGAGGUUACAUGGCUUCGUUUGGUCGAACACCGUUACAUUCAAGAAACAUAUUAAAUACUUUGGUAUUUGAUUAUAGUUGGUUUGAUAAUUUAACACGAAUUUUAAUUAUCGAAUUUACCGCAUAUAAUCCGCAUGUUAAUUGUUUUGUGAACGUUAAAUUAACUGUCGAAAUAUCUGUUAGUGGAGAUUAUUUAUUAACUAAAAAGGUAUUCGAAAGUUUUAUUUAA